CGCAUCUUAGCGCGGAUUUUUUAAAAUAGCCGUCUCCUGUUUACACUGUUCAACUUGUAGCAGAGCUAGAAUAAGCAUUUUAAAGCGAAUAUACAAACACGUAAAUUUCUAUCUACUAUUUUUUUUUUUAUCUUUUUUUUUAGGAACAUGAUGACGCCAUCAAAAAGCACCAAAACAACUUGCAACGCUCAGCUGGCCGUCGGUUUCCGGAGUAAGUGAAAACUCCCUGACCUAAGAACAGUUUCUCUCGAAAAUAAAAGUCAAAUAGUUUGCGGUAAAGUAUCAAUUCCAAGACACCCAUGCAUGUGCAAUACUUCGUUAGCUGCCGUGAAUCAUUUUAGUUGUGUGAAACACAUCGAGGUAAACAAGCUAGCAUGCGCUAACGGUGAUGGAGGGCAGCUCGUCGAUGCUGGCUCAUCCUCCUCAGGACUCUUUCCUUCAGAGGAUGUUGGAGCGAUUAUCGUCCACUCAGAGCCUGAAACUACCGGCCGAUGAGGCGCUUCCCGUCGCCGUGGUCGCCCUUCAGAGGUACCUGUCGGAGCCGACCGACGGCCAGCGUCAGGAGCAGCAGCUCGACAGCUACAGCUUCGACGUGACGAUCACAGACGGAGCGUGGCGAGCCAAGUGCCUCCUUCACCCCAGUCUCAACCACCUGGUGCACAGAAACGCCCUGAGGACUGGGACGGACGUCCGCGUCAGCCGCUGCUCCUUCGUGUACAACGAGAGGCGGCUGGGCCACGGCUACAUUUGCAUCGAGGAGCUCGGGUGCAUCGACGAGGGCUCUCGCGUCCUGCCCGGCGUCGACGUCAGCUCCCUGCCGCUGCUGGUGAAACACGGCAUGGAGAGGAGCGUGGCGCUGCAGAGCGACGUCCCCCUUCAGGUGAGCCGGAAACACUACCUGUCUCUGUGGAACAACGACGAUCCGGAGGGAGACAUGUGGGCCUCGGGGUGUGCUUCACCAGACCAGGUCCUGGACGUGUCCAGGGUUGCUCAUCUUGUUACUCUGGAGUCAUCCUUUAGAGGCUUAUGGAAACCGCUCCCUCUCCUGGUGAAGAUAAUCCAUAAAGCCAGGUUAAGGUACUAUGGGAAAUUCGGGCUCAGCAUUGAUUACCCAUACCAGGCUUACUUUGAAGUCGCCGACCAGAGCGGCACCAUGUCGCUCGUGCUUUGGAACGAGCUCUGUCCCGAGUAUUACCAGAGGAUGAACGUCGGCACGGUGCUGUACCUGCGAAACUACAGCUUGAAGCAGAGUUAUUCCAACCGAUCCCGCCCACAAAUGGACCACCACCGGAUGAAAAGCUUCACCUCUGUUGAAAUCUGUCUGAACGCUCGUAACCCAGCUGCGGUCAUCACUGUGGUCUCGCCCAAGAGUGUCCUUCCCCAGUGGGGGCUGCCAGAGGUGUCCUACCAGUUCACCAGCAGGUCGGAGCUGGAGAAGCUUCCCAACGGUUUAGCUUGUGACGUCAUUGGUUUGGUAACAUUCGUCGGCCGGGUCGAAAGAGUCAGGAGUAAAGGGACCAAAGCUCCAGAAAAAUACUGGACAUAUCGGUGGAUCCACGCGGUGGACGGAACAUCUGACCGUCCUUACAUCCUGGAGCUUUAUUCCUCGUCGCAACCGGAAAUCUUCAAUCAAAUCUGUCCAAUGACCUACAUCGUUUGCACCCAGAUGAGGGUUUGUCAGGUGGAAGGGUGCCCGCCGUACCUCACCAGCAGCUGUGAAACUCAGGUCUUCAUCACGGGAUACCACAAGGGCCAGCCGUAUGUGAGCGACCCCGCAGUGAAGAGCUUCAUUCAGUGGACCAAGACUCUGAAGGACAACGCCGUCCUGCAGAAAACCACCGUCGGCGGCCAUUACUGCUACCCUCCUCCCCCACGCAGACUGGCCCGGUCAGCGGCCGACACAUCCGGUCAAAUUCCAUUGGUUUCUGCAUCCGACCUGAAGAGGGAGCUAGAGAGCCUGCAGUAUAGGGAGCAUAAAAAGCUGGCGAUCCAGGGACAGAUCACAGCAGUGCGCUACACAAAGCGAGAGGGCAGAGAGGUUACAGCAGGUCCCGAGCAUGUUGACGCACAUGCUGAUCCCGCAGCGGCUCAGCCAGCAGCAGAAGACGGUCUAAUGUCUCCCUCUAUGGACGGAAGCCACGCUAAGACAAGGAAGAGAAGAGUUCCAAUAAGUAAAGCCACACCUGGCUCCCCAAAUCGUGGCAGCACCCCAGCUAAAAGGAGGCUGGAAUACAGAAAGCCAGGGGAAAGAGAAGAGGAGGAGGAGGAGCAGGAGAACUCUGUAUAUGAGGAGGUCCAGCAUGAGCAGCAGGAAUGUCAGGACUCCACUGCUCCGUCCUGGCAGAGCAGCGGCUGGUCUACGCAGCGAGAGCAACUCUCCGAGCAUCUGAGUGAGGGCGGCCUGCACCGGGACAGCGUCUCUCGCAGGUUCACCUUCGACGAGAAGAGCGCUCUCCUGCAGUGGAGCAACCUUCAGCCAACCCGGUGGGCGCCAGAGACGGCUGGCGACGCGCUCCCACCCGUCACCUGCCCCGGACACUAUCGGCUGACGAUACUUGGUAUUAACAAGCAGAUAGCUGUCGACGCAGCGUUUCUCCCCGUGGUGCGCUCCGACGACCCCCGGGCUGUCGGUCUUUCUCAGGAUCCCCAUGACAACUCCAUGCUCUCCUGCCUCUCAUCGGGUUUCCUCUGCCCCCUCGGCAGCACAGCCAGAGAGAGAGAAGUAACGCUCCAUGAGUCAGAGGAGAUCUUGGCAAGCGCCCAGGAGCUGGAGGACACGCACGUGGUGUGCUUUUUGGAUCUGUGUCAGCUGGGUGGAGAUAAAGUGGAGAUCCUCGUCAACAAGGUGUACAGGGUGACAGAUGUUACGCUCGACUAGAAAAAGGGACAUUUUCUUCUCCUCGUCGUCGUCAAUCGUGGACAUUUUAUUUUUGAUAGAAAACAGGCCACAAUCAUAAACAGAUUAAUAUAAUUUGUGGGGUUUUUUAUUAUUAAAAUACUAAAACACAGAAAA